AGCAACGUUGACUAAGUGCGAGCCUGCAUCGCUCGGUCGUGUAUAAUGCCUAGUAAUUGUUCGAUUCGAUGACCUGGGGAUCUCGGUUCAUAACGUCCUACGCGCCGAUCGACCUUGGGCCCUAGAGCAAACCUGAGCAGUACUCUCAAAGCGCUAUUGAUCAUCAUCGUUCAUCCUGCACACUGGCAGGCUACAACGUGUAAAAUGAGAAACCCUUUCGUACGGAGAAGGACCCUUUGGUGGGUAAGAACUGUGCUGAAGAGACAGAAUGACCCGUCGGCCAUAUUUCAAGUAGAGAUACACGCUGUCGCUCUUUCUCAACUACUUUUGAUCUCAACAAAAGUGGGACAGAAUGCCUUCGGGGACCAUAACAUACAGGGCGUCCCGUUACUCGCAGAAACCGGGAUCCAUAGUAACAAGCCUGAUUUUAGAGGUGGCUUGCUCAAGCCUGGCUACAGACACGUUUGCUGAGCGGUGUGUCCUCCCCGAAGCCGCUCACCGCUCACUCAAACGCUUCGGGAUUAAGAGUAGCAUUGCCCUCUUUUCAAGUAUAAAAUCCUUUAGUGUUCUUCUCGCUGCCUCUCAGGUCAGCGCGAUCCCCACCGGCUCUUCGCUCACUGUUGCGAAGAGAAGCCCUGGAUGUGACGGUCUUGGAUCUGGUACCAUCGACAAGUUGAGCGGCUUCAUUCUCGUGGCAGACGAUGGAAAUGGUCACACCGAUGAGCUCAUCCUCGUUGACUCCGACAACAAGGUUGGGGAAGCUACCAUUGCUGUCCUCGCGACCUUCAGCACGGUCCCUUCUGCAAUUUUCGUACCCACCUUCUCCCUUGACACCGGCGUUUUGACUCCAGACGGUGGUGUUGAGGUUGAUCUUGCAGUUGCCGCUGGUGAUUUGCCCGGAUUUGCUGCUACCAACGGUGAAGGAGGUCACAUAUACUGUGCAGCUCCUGGAAGCACAAACAUCCCGGUGCUUGCUGUCAACGGUGACAAGGACUCGUUCUACCUCUGCCUUUCGGACGACUCGAACCCUGUUAAUCUCCUCGUCUACAAGCCUGACGAUGUCCACACGUCCUAUGACUCCACUACAUGCAAGUCUGUCGACGUGAACGUCGUGAAGCAGUAAGGGGUAAUGACAGACGCGGGAGGGAGCGUGGAUGUGACUAUUAUCUUGUCGGACUUGCAUACAAUAGUAGCCAUCAUAAGUUUCUGUUUCGGACCUUUUUACUCCUAGGACAUUUUAGGCCCGGGGUAUCUCACAGCAUGGUUGUAGAGGCGGCGUAGAGAUACAAGGCUCAAUCCAGUACUUGCCUGAACAUGAGCCAUUCAUU